UUUUUUUUUAAAUUGAAGAGCUUUCGAGGUCGAUGGGUGUCAGUGUUGUGACAUUAGGUCGAGUUUGUUGGAUUGGGAGAUGAUGGUUUAGGGUUUACGAUUCUGGGGUGUUUCUAUCCGGUGCGGUGGGGAUUAGCCCUCUCAUAUUCUUUCUGAAAAUUCAUCCUCUCUUUAUUCAAACCCUCGCAGCUGCGUAUUGAACCUCGUAUUCCUCCUCAUAUCUAUCUCGGAUUGAAUGCUCCUCCUCGUUUUGCUCUGUGGGCAAUUUCCAUAAUAAUUGCGUCGCUGUGAUCUACCUCUAUGUUGCGUGGCUUGGGUCGCAAUAGUGCUGAGUUUUAGCUCACAUGCCUGGAUCGAUUGAGAGUGGAGCGAAUUUUAGAAUUUUUUUUGUGGGGAGACGGAGAUGAAGUUAUAGGAGUUCAUUCAUGGAUCUGAGUAGCUGCUUUUCGUUUUUACGAAGAAGGGGGCACCUUUGGAGCUUUCAAAUGCUCUCUGCUUAAGUUUCUGAGGGUUGAGUGGGUGAAUUAAGUGCACCUGUCUCUGUGCGUCCCUUCUUAGUAUGUUUCUGUUAAUAUCAAAUUGUUUCAUGGUUAAGGGUAAGAAUUGUCGUGGAAAGACAAUUAACUUGAAGGUUUUAUUCUUAGAUUUUAGUUUCGAGGUUGUUUGUAGUGGAGUCUUCUGAAAAGGGACACAUUUUACAAAAAUGCGGUAUGCCCAGCUUGUGAUUGGGCCCGCUGGCAGUGGCAAGUCAACGUACUGCACGAAUGUUUUCGAGCACUGCCAAAGCAUCGGAAGAACUGUCCAUAUAGUGAACUUGGACCCAGCUGCUGACCACUUCGAGUAUCCUGUCUCCGUCGAUAUUCGGGAGCUAAUAUCUUUGGAAGAUGUAAUGGAGGAACUUAAACUUGGGCCAAAUGGUGGUCUUGUGUACUGCAUGGAAUAUCUAGAAGAUAAUCUCGACGACUGGCUGUCAGAGCAGUUGGAAGAUUACAUUGAGGAUGAUUAUUUGAUCUUCGAUUGUCCCGGCCAGAUCGAGCUCUAUUCUCACAUCCCUGUGCUUCGUACGUUUGUUGACCAGCUGAAGAGAUGGGACUUCAAUGUUUGUGCUGUUUACAUGACUGAUUCACAGUUUGUCUCAGAUGUCACCAAAUACAUUAGUGGCUGUAUGGCUUCGCUGUCUGCUAUGAUUCAGCUAGAACUUCCUCACAUCAAUGUGCUGACGAAGGUUGAUCUUCUCCCCAACAAGCGCGACAUUGAUAGGUUCUUGGAUCCCGAUGUUCGGCUCCUUUUCGAUGACUUGAAUGCCCACAUGGCUCCACGCUUUCGGAAAUUGAAUCAUGCACUUGCUGAACUGGUGGAUGAUUACAGCAUGGUCAACUUUAUCCCUCUUGACAUAAGAAAUGAAGAAAGCAUCCAAUACCUUUUGUCCUGCGUGGACAACUGCAUUCAAUAUGGAGAAGAUUUGGAACCCAAAUUGAAGGACCAUGAACAAGAUGAUGCAGAUGAUUGAGUUGAAGCUCAAGUGAAACUGGUUUAAAAAAUUGGUAAAUUUUGAAGGUACAUGUCAUUUUUCUGGUGACAUGAUUCUUAUUUUGGCAUGAAAAUGAUCUGUUCACUUUCGGAGGCUUGUCUUUAUUUACAUGAAUUGGAUUUUGCUUUCUUGCGUGGAAUAAUUACCUACAUUUCCACUGCACUCACGCGUGCAAAUAUGGAGCUGCUGCAAUACGGUUAUGGGGUGCAAGCUACUCUUCGAUGACGUGCAGAUGUGCACUCGUUUUGGCAUGCUUCUGUGACUUCGGAUUAUAGUUUGGCGCUUCAUAAAUACUUUGGAUCUACUAUGUUGCGUACUCCAUUUUUCUGAAUUACGGAAUAGAGUGAGGAGACAUAAAAUGGCUGUGGCUUAUGCAGCAUCUUUUUAAUAUCAGGGCCAGAUUUAUGUUAUGUCCAUAAAUCUACAAUCAACUUCAUCCAUAACUUUCUUUCAAA